GGUUGUGUGGAGAGAGUCAGAGUGCGUGUGUGUAGCAGGUCGGACGAAGGGCAGGAGGAAGCGUGCGGAGCCGCGCGGCUCACAGGCGAACGACUCAACGGGAGGCGAUACGCGAAAGGCUGACUCGACUGUGUUUACACCGCGCGCGCAGUGGAAUCCCCGGGGACGCGCGACAAGCUCACGCUCGUUUCCCCCUCGUUUUCAUGGGACGCCGAACGCGCAAGAAAAAGAAAGAAGCCCGAAGGUGUCCGCCUGUUUACCGCGGGACUCCCUGCGCGCGCCGGCCGUGAGCGGUCCGCGCGGGACCCAAGCACGCGGGCGCGUUUCCCACGUCCCCCCGACCGACGCCAGGAGAGACGGCGCUGCAUCGAUCAUCGAUGACUGAAUGUGUGCGCGCGCCGCUUCGUGGAAAUGUUCGCGUUGUUCAUACCGUGCGUGACCGACUACCUGGAGCUGCCCGCGUGACCUCAAGAUUACAUUAAUUUAAAAAAAAAAAAAAAAUCAUUAACAAGGAGAGUUUUGCCUCUGUUUGCGGUCCAUUUUUUUGACAUGCGUUCGCUCGCCGCUUGGCUCGUGCUCUCGGGCUGCCUGCUGCUUUGUGCUCGCGCCGCCGCGCAAGGGCGAACCGCUGCGGCGCGCUGCGCGGCCCCGUGCCGCUGCGAUGGCGACGGGGGCGCGGACUGCUCUGGCAGGGGACUGGGCGCCGUCCCGACCGGACUCAGCGCGUUCACUUACUACCUGGACCUCAGCAUGAACAAUAUCACAGAGCUGCCUGCAAAUGUCUUCAAGAAUCUCACCUAUCUGGAGGAAUUACGGCUGGCUGGAAAUGACCUGAUGUCCAUCCACCCGGAGGCCCUGUCUGGACUCCACCAGCUCAAAGUCCUGAUGCUGCAGAAUAACCAGCUAAAGAUGGUGCCGAGCGCAGCGCUCAGGAACCUCCAUGCUCUGCAGUCCCUCCGGCUAGAUGCCAACCACAUCACAGAGGUGCCAGAGAACAGCUUUGAGGGACUGCAGCAGCUGCGCCACCUGUGGCUGGAUGACAACAACCUGGCCGAGGUUCCCGUGGAGCCGCUGAGCCACCUAGCCAACCUGCAGGCGCUGACGCUGGCCCUCAACCGCAUCACCAGCGUUCCCGACCAUGCCUUCGCCAACCUCUCCAGCCUGGUGGUGCUGCAUUUGCACAACAACAGGAUCAGGGAGAUUGGGAAGAACUCUUUCAGUGGACUGGACAACCUGGAAACCCUGGAUUUGAACUUUAACAACCUGGUGACGUUUCCCGAGGCCAUCGAGGCACUGCCAAAGCUGAAGGAACUUGGAUUUCACAGCAACGGCAUUGCAGUCAUUCCUGAGAGGGCAUUUCUCAGGAACACUCUGCUCCGCACCAUCCAUUUGUAUGACAACCCUCUCUCCACCGUGGGCACGACUGCCUUCCAGAACCUGUCCGAGCUGCAUUCCCUGAUUCUGCGUGGGGCCAGCAAGAUGGAGACCUUCCCCAGUCUGACUGGAACUGUGAACCUCGAGAGCCUGACCCUGACAGGGACAAAGAUCAGCGCCAUACCUGCCAGCCUUUGUGAAGAGCUCAGGUUACUGCGAACGCUAGACCUGUCUUACAACAAAAUCAAGGAGCUCCCCAGAUUCCAGGGCUGUUUCCAUCUUGAGGAGAUAAACCUGCAACACAACCGCAUCCAGCAGAUCCGUGGGGACACCUUUCAAGGCCUGGCUUCCCUGCACAUCCUAGAUCUCAGUAAAAAUGAGAUCAAAUCAAUCGACAAAGGAGCCUUCUCCUCUCUGGUGGCUCUGACCAGUCUGGACCUGAGCGUGAACGCCCUUACCAGUGUGCCCACCACAGGCCUCAGGGCACUGCACCAGCUCCGACUCUCUGCAAACCUGGACCUGAAAGGCACCCUGGAGCCCAGAAGCCUGCCCAAACUCAGGACAAUAUCUGUUCCAUAUGCUUACCAAUGCUGUGCCUUUGCUGGAUGUGAUACCAUCAUGAGUUCAUCGGGGGACAGUGAAAGAAAAAUGGACACAAGCAGCAAAGGCGCUGGUGAGGAAGUGGCGGGGGAGAGGAUUCAUCUUGCAGUCCACUGUCUGCCUUCCCCAGGAGCCUUCAAACCGUGCGAGUUCCUGCUGGGCAGUUGGAUGAUCCGGCUCACGGUGUGGUUCAUCUGCUUGGUUGCGCUGGCAGCCAACGCUGUGGUCCUGGCAGCGACCUUCUGUCCCGGUGGAGCUCUGUGUCCAGCUGCGCUGCUCAUGGGGCUUCUGGCUGCAUCCAACUUGCUGCUGGGCAUCUACGUGGGCUCGCUAGCUGUGCUGGAUGCCGUCACGUGGGGUGCCUUCGCCCAGUUCGGAGUGUGGUGGGAGACGGGCCCGAGCUGCCGGGCGAUGGGCCUGCUGGCCGUCUUCUCCUCCGAGGCAUCGGUGCUCUUCCUGGCACUGGCCACGGUGGAGCGCAGCAUAGCCGUACACCUUGUGUUGAAGAAAGGGGAGGAGCUUGAGCGGCAGCAGGGGCGGGGCUGGGGGCGUUUUUGCCUGGCCGCCACUCUGCUGACGUUCCUGGCUGCCGGGACUGCCUGCCUGCCACUCUUUCACGUGGGCGAGUUCUCGUCCUCACCACUCUGCCUGCCCUUCUCCACCGGGGAAAGCUCCUCGCUGGACUUAACCGUUGCGUUAGUGCUGCUCAACUCCCUGGCGUACCUGCUGAUGGCCGUGGUGUAUACACACCUGUACUGUGGGCUAGGCAAAGCCCACCUGAUGGAGCCCCUGCAGGCUGCAGCAGUCAGACAUGUGGCCUGGCUCAUCUUCACCAACUGCCUCUUCUUCUGCCCAGUGGCAGCCUUCUCCUUCACGCCGCUUCUCACCGGCAUCGCCAACAACCCCGAGAUUAUGAAGUCCGUCACGCUCAUAUUGUUCCCGCUGCCUGCCUGCCUCAACCCUGUGCUCUACAUAUUUUUCAAUCCCCGCUUCAGGGAAGACUGGCGACGGCUGCGCAGCUGCCGCUCGAGGAGGGCUGGGGCUGCCAGGGUAGGCAUCCCGGACGGGGACAUCAGCCCAGAGAUGAGCGGCGACUGUACUACGUACUCGCAGCUCCGGGCUGGUCUGGCUCUGUGUGACUGCUGCGAGCCUGUGGUUCUCACAACACCCUCCAUAUGCAAACACUUGGUCCGAUCGCACAGUUGCCCCGCCUUGGCUGGAGUGCCCCCACGUUGCUCACGGGCCGAGAGCUACUGGGCAGACUGCGGCACCCCCUCAGCGCAGUCGGAGUACGCCGACGAAGGAGACUCCUUUGUGUCCGACAGCUCGGAUCAGAUCCAAGCAUGCGGCCGAGCUUGCUUUUACCAGAGCCGCGGUUUCCCUCUCGUCCACUACUCCUACAACAUCCCGUGCGUUAAAGACUGACGCGAGAGCAAGUGUGAACAUUGCAUUGCUAAAUGUUUACAGGCUCCCUCUCCACAAACCCAUUCAGGAAGAGAUGCUGCAAGCUCUGUACGACUGGAGCUGCGCCCAAGAGGGAUAUGGCAACACAUCACACUUCGAGCCAUGGGUCUAUUACCUUUUUCCCUUGUGUGUAGAAAAAUUAUUCCAGAAAUUCAGAUUGAAAUGCAUGGAGUUUGUAGAAGAGAAAAUGGUGUACAGCAGGUUCCCGCUUCCAGCUGUAUGGACAGGACCUCUCUACAGGACAACUUAUCCAGUGUAAUUCAUGUAGAUUUUUGAUGAUUCUCUUGCAUUUUGUAGCAGAAAUAAUUCUGUCCUCUGUGGCCAAUAUGAUUUGGGUGGAAAAAGACUGCAAGGAGAUCGGUCUUAAAAGGGAGGGGUUUGUCUGUAAAUGAACAUGUAAUAAGUACUAAAAAUUUAUUUUACUAGAUGUAUGGAACUCUGAGCAGUUUGUCUACAGGAAAGUGCAGGACACUUGGAAAUGUUUGAUCGCUUCUCAAAUCGGGUCAAGCAAACUGGCUUUAAGCACGGUUUCCUUAUCACCAGCACUAAUGGUGCGAAGCAGCAGGUCACAAUCUGCAUGUGGGCAGAAAAGGCCGAUGGGCAUUUCCUGCCUCGUUUGAAGGUUUUGCGUGCAGCACCAGGGAACGCAGGAGCGGGAUCACAGUUCUCUUGCAAUGUUGUGGUAUUUUGGCUGCAUUUUCCUUUGUUCCUUAAGGUGAUGUAUGUCACCUCUUACACUAACCUUCAUUAUUUCUCAGCCACCUUUAGCAAGACAGGUUUUUUACUCUUCAUGUCAAAGACCAUAUGUUUUGGUCCAUAACAAGGUGGUGAGAAGUGGUGGAGGAAAACGUCACAGCACAGGUGGAUAGAGGUCGAUGGAGGGAGCUGGUGUGAACGUCGUCACAAUCUGAACUGCUCACCCGUAUUCUGAUUUUAAAAUCUUUCUCCAUUCAGCUCUGAAAUUUGUCUGCGUUAAAAGCACAAAACCAAUAGUUUUUGGUGUACCGAAGCUUACGUAUCUGCUCAUGGUCUGCUGCCAUAAUAUACCUGACAUUCAAAGAAGCAUUUACCUCAGGCUGCAACAACAUGGAGUGUUUAGUAAAGCAAGGGUGCAUUUUCCAGAAUAUCCUUGUUUGCCAAAUAUCAGGAGUGUCCCAGAAGCUCAUCGCAAAUCUUUCUGCAGAUGUCAUUAAGCAGUGUGUGGAAGAACAUGUGUGUGUUUCCAUAUCCUUUUAUGGGCUAUAUGUGUGCAGAAAGGCGCAGGUCACCAAGUCGCAACUCUGUGGACGUGGCACAUCAACUGCCUUAAUAUAGCCAGAAUUUGCGUGGUGGCGCUAAAAUGUGGCAGCCUCCUUUGGUCAUGUAUCACCAAUUGCUUUUGUAAUGUGACUGCAGAGGGCACUGAGGGUCCCCACUGUACAACACUAUGGACUGGAAAAGUAUCUUAUGGCACUGCAUAGAGCUAAACUGUUUCCCAGAGUAAAUAACAGGAAGCAUUUUUAAUGUGGACAGAGCCUCUAAUUCUAAAUAUUAUUCAGAAGCUAGCCCAAGACCCCCAAGUGCUUUUUUUAAAAAAGCAAAAAAAAAAAAGCAAAAAAACCCACCUCUGUAUCUACAUUACAAUAAUGGCAAAGUGCAUCCAGGAGUAUCAGGAGGCAAUAACACCUUUUGUUAUUACUAUAGUAAAGUGUAUGCUACUGUAUGAGAAAAGUACUGGUACAGUAUUUUCUUCAAAAACACCUUUUAUUAAAGCAAUUAAAAUAACGUUUUAAGCGGCCAUUUUUAAUAAAAAAUAUUAAACUACAUUGUGUCACUGAAUUGACUGUAAAGGGAUUCAUCUGCGAGUCCAGCGUGGUACCAGUAGGACUAAGGUCGUGUAUAAGAGCCAUGUUCACACAUGAGGUGCGACGGAUCUCCAUCUCGGUGCAUAUAGCGCAGAGCCUUUGAGGGGAGGAUGCGAAGGACGUCAUUGGCCAGCAGGUGGCAGUAGGGUAUCUUGUACCACAAGAAGAGACGUUACCAACCAAGCCGUGCAAAACAGUUGCGUUCGUUUACCUCACCAUCCUGGCAUUCUUGCAGAAACAUUGUGCCUUUUGCCACCUAGUCAUUUUCAAAACUUUUGGCGGCAGUCUUUGCGUCCCAUAGUCUGCGCGAUAUAAAGUGGCUAGAAUGUAGCAUUCAUUCCAUCAUUAAUAUACUGUAUAUUCAACGUUUUAGGGGCCGGGGGGGGGGACUGUAACUGCUCACUGACGUGAAAAUAGCAGGAUCAUAAUAAGCUUGCCUGUCUUUUUUAUAUCACGAUAAACAUUGUAUGACUUUAGAGAGAAGAAAAAAAAAAAAUAAAGAAAUACAUACUAUAGGCUACGGAUCGAAAUUGCACCCGUUCUCAGUCCUCAGGAAAACGGGACAGUCCGACGGCCGUUUGCAGCUCGGCGGACACAAACGGCCCCCUACACACAUUGGCUGUGUAAAGCUGUUGUAAACUCUUCCACGGAGACUAAUGAGUGGAACAGAACGCGUUUGCCCACCGCGUUAGCUACCUCUUCAGCUGUAGCAGCUCUUGUCUUGGCGAAGCGAAGGUGUUUGAAAUCAUGUCCGCUUCACACACACAUGAUGUACGUGUUCGCCGCCUUUUCAAACCUGUCUUGUACGCAAGUCUCAUUUUAACAUUGUCACUCACACGCGUGUCGGCUGUGGGAGGAAAUUAAGUACUGUAUACAUACUGUCUUUUUUUGUAAAC